AUGCAUCUCCCACUUUCUCUCGCCUACGCUCUGGCAAUGGUGGCCGGUGCUUUGGCCGUCCCAUCGCAACACCUAGACACUCGCCAGCAGCCGUGGAAGUCAACAGCCAUCGCCACAUUUGCCGAGCCAUGGGCGUUCGCCUUCCUGCCCGACAGCCGCAUCCUCCUCAACGAGAGACGAGGCAACAUGCAUCUCGUCGACCCAGCCACCGGGUCCAAGCUCACCAUUACCGGUGUACCCACCGUCGCCUACAGCGGCCAGGGCGGUCUCCACGACGUCGCCCUGCACCCCAACUACGCCGAGAACAGCAUCGUGUAUAUCAGCUACGCCGAGAGCGGCAGCGGAGGCGCAGGCGGUGCAGUCGUGCGGGCCAAGCUGACGCUCAACGCCAACGGCGGCGCGCUGUCCAACCUCGAGGUCAUCUGGCGCCACACGCAGAGGGCCUCUGGCGGACUCCAAUUUGCCUUACGCUUGCUCUUCGGUCCAGACGGCGCGCUGUGGAUCGCGUCGGGAGAGAUCAACCAGAUGUGGCCGUCGCAGUCCAUGACGGGCAACCUAGGGAAGAUAAUCAAGCUGUACGACAACGGCACAGCCUUCGCGGGCAACCCGUUCGCCAGCCAAGGCGCCGUACAGGCGCAGAUCUGGUCACUGGGCCACCGCAACCCGCUAGGCAUUGACUGGGACGCGCAGGGUCGCCUCUGGGAGAUCGAAAUGGGGCCCAUGGGCGGCGACGAGCUCAACCUCAUCGAGCGGGGCAAGAACUACGGAUGGCCGCUCGUGUCCCAGGGAAAACAUUACAACGGGACGACGAUCCCUGCGCACAGCACGCGCCCUGAUUUUGCUGCGCCAAAGGCGUUCUGGGUGCCUGUUAUCUCUCCGGCUGGCUUGAUCAUUUACAAGGGGGAUCUUUUUUCUAGCUGGAAGGGCAAUGCUAUCAUCACUGGGCUUAGCUCGCAAUCAAUCGUGCGAGUGACCAUUACUGGGGAUACGGCCAAGGAGGCUCAGCGCGUUUCCAUGGGUAAACGGAUGCGCGGUAUUCGCGAGGAUAAGGAUGGCGCCAUUUGGGUCAUUGAGGAUGGUGCUAGUGGCCGCCUCUUGAAGCUUACCCCGAACUAG